GGCAGAUAUUUUUUUCUCUUUUUUCUUUACGUUAAUUCAGGUCAAGAAUACCUUCGCCUUUUUAGACACGCCCCGCUUCUAUUUAUCGAGGAUUACCUUUUAUGGCUCGACUUUUGAAAGUGAACGUUCCUCUGUUAUACUGACGCUUCUCCCAUAUUCUUCCUUACAUCGACAAUUUAUUCUCAUUCCUGGCUCGAGAGUUCAGUUUUCGCGAUUAUCUCAUGAAGCUGACAACGUAAACAGCCGCGCCUAAAUUCUUCGCCUUGUAUUAUUCCCUAAUUUCAUGUUUCUAUUCAAUUUUUAAUAAUCGUUGUGUUUGCGCGAAUUUGAACGCAGAUUUUAAAUUUUAACGUCCAUGACCUACUAUUUUCUCAAAGAGUGAUUUAAAUUUACGAAAAAUAUCUGGAAAAUUCAUCAAUUUUGCUGUUUUUUGUUUUUAUUGAUUUCUUUUUGUUCUCUUAAUCUUUCACAAUAUACAUAAACAUACAAAGAUGUAUGGAUACAGUUAUCAAGAACUUUCCAACAGGAUGAUGUCAUCUGUUGAGGAAUUCCAAGAGGCAUUCCAGCUUUUUGAUAGCCGCGGGGAUGGAAAAAUCCACAUUGCUCAAAUUGGCGACGCCCUGAGAGCCUUGGGGCAAAAUCCAACGGAAUCAGACGUCAAAAAGUUCACUCACCAGCACAAGCCUGAUGAGAGAAUUAGCUUCGAGGUAUUCUUGCCCAUUUAUCAAGCCAUUAGUAAGUCUCGCACCUCCGAUACUGCUGAUGACUUCAUUGAGGGAUUGAGACACUUCGACAAAGAUGGAAAUGGUUACAUUUCAUCCGCCGAACUCAGGCAUCUGUUAACCACACUUGGAGAGAAACUCAGUGAUGAAGAAGUUGAGACCCUGUUAGCUGGCCAUGAGGAUUCACAAGGGAAUAUUAAUUAUGAAGACUUCGUUCGUCAAAUCAUGUGCGGCUGAAUGCACUAUAUUCUUAUGCAGUAAUUGCUUACUCAUUUUUUAUUAGUUUCGUAUUGUUUUCAAAAGUAUUUAAAAAGAAAUAAAUAUCUUUGAUUUUUAUUUAUAUGUCACAUUCGAAGCAGAUGCAAAUGUUGCAACAACGAUUUAUGGAUACCAUUCAUCGGUUGCUAUUGUAUCAUAAGUAAAAUAAACUUUUUUAUAUUAUACAAAAAACAAAACAAAAAAGAAAAAAAACGAAUAAGAGAGAUAAUCAACUCAAUUAUUUGAAUAGUAAUCUAGCUAAUAAAGUGUGGUGCCUUGACCGAAUAUCCUUUAUGUCGAACCAAUCUUCCGUGCUAUAAUUCAAUUGAUUGAAUCUGAAUCGUACACAUUCUUAGUGGCUGAGAAAUAGCCAUCAAUAAGAAUAUUUCUGAGGUGCAGCGAUGCUCCUCAUUUGCGAUGUAUAAUCGUAAUAUUUAAAUCUAUCUGGAUGGAAUAAAAACGUAACUCAAGAUGAUUGUAAAACAUCUUGUUUCUACAUUCAAA